AUGGGAUCCCCGCCGCUUGCAUUUUUGCUGUUGGUCCUGCUGGUUUUGUCGCGGGGUCCGCCUGGGUGCGAUGGAGGCCACAUCCUGGUUUUCCCGGUGGACGGUAGCCACUGGAUCAACAUGAAGGUUCUUCUGGAGGAGCUCCACCUGCGAGGACACCGGCUGACGGUUAUCCGAGCCUCCAACAGCAUCUACGUGCCCCAGAACUCGCCGCUCUACACCGCCGUCACCAUCCACGUGGCCACAGAAUGGGAGGAAUUUUUUGAAUUUCUGCAGGAGCUCAUUCAGGGCCUCCGAAACGGCCGCACCAUGCACCGCGAGUUCGCCAACAUGAUCUACGAGGCCCACUCAGUGUGGGGCGCCUCCCUCUCCGCCUUCCUGGACAACCAGGAGACGGUCCAGAGCUUAAGAGAUUCCCGCUUCGACCUGGUCCUGACCGACCCAGCCAUCGGCCCCGGGGUGAUUCUGGCCAAGUACCUGGACCUUCCUCUGGUGCUCAACGUCCGCUGGAUCCAAGGCGGCGAGGGCCACUUCGCCAUGGCCCCCUCGCCGCUCUCCUACGUCCCCGUGCCGGGCACGGGCCUGACGGACAAGAUGGACUUCUUCCAGAGGGUGAAGAAUGUCUUCUUCUACGCCUUGCUCAACCUGCAGCAAAAAAUCCUAAUCGAGCCCAUCUAUAGCGCCCUCUGCAGGAAGCACAUCCAGGGCGGUUGCGACAUCAACUUCCUCCUUCAACAGGCCGACAUUUGGCUCUUCCGCACCGAUUUCGUCUUUGACUUUCCGCGGCCCACCAUGCCAAACGUGGUCUACAUCGGGGGCUUCCAGUGCCGGGCUGCCCGCCCGCUGCCUGCGCAUCUGGAAGACUUUGUCCAGAGUGCCGGGGAGCACGGCAUGGUUGUCAUGAGUCUCGGCAGUCUGAUCGAUGCUCUGCCCGAGCGCGACGCCGAGGAAAUCGCUGCAGUCUUCGCCAAGUUGCCGCACAAGGUGAUUUGGCGUCACAAAGGUCCUCGACCAUCCACGCUGGGCAACAACACCAUGGUGAUGGACUGGAUGCCCCAAAAGGAUCUCCUGGGCCACCCGCAAACCAAAGUCUUUGUAGCCCAUGGAGGCACCAAUGGACUCCAGGAGGCCAUCUUCUAUGGUGUCCCGGUCCUGGGCAUCCCGCUUUUCUUCGACCAGUUUGACAACCUGGUGCGCUUGGAGCACAAAGGAGCCGCCAAGAUCCUGGAGCUGGCGGACCUCAGCCAGGGUUUCGAGGCCGGCCUCAAGGAGGUCCUGGGCCGGGACAGUUACCGGCGCAACAUGAGGAGAUUGUCGGACCUGCACCGGGAUCAGCCCGUGACGCCCACGGAUCGGGCCGUCUUUUGGGUGGAGUAUGUCAUCCGGCACAAGGGGGCGCCGCACCUGCGCACUCGGGCCUACGAGAUGCCCUGGUACGCGUACUACGGCGUCGACGUGGCGCUGCUGCUGGCGGUCGUUGCGGCUGUGCCGAUGUCGGCGGCCGUGGCUCUCGUCAGGUUCCUCUGCUGCAAAAAGACGAAAAAGAGAAAAAACAAAACAAAACAACAAUAG